AUGGACUCUGACCCGCCGCUCCCAUCGCCGCCCCGGCUCAACCGCAAGAUCAGAGUGGCUGCUCAGCCGUCGAGGACUCGUCCUCCUUUCCCGUAUGGCUCAUCCACGUCGUCGAAGUCGUUGAACAAGCUUCUAGGGAGCAGUGGAACGCCGUCGAGUGAUCCGCCGCUCUUCUCUAGCGAUGAUUUCCAAUCGUCAGCGUUGGAGAAUUAUGAUACCACGGCCAGAGAAGAUGCUGAAGAUGGCUUGCCAGAGGGUCCAAUAGGCCGAAAGAGACGUUAUCGAGGGACCUGGUGGGGACAGAAGUUGGGAAAGGAGCUACAGUCCAGACAGAAUAAGCGGACAAAGAGGAUGGGGUUCAAGAGUAAGAGGAACGUGGACAGUGGUGUCUGGUUGGGCAGUACCGAUACUACUGAUGAUGGGGACGAGUCUGCUGCCGUCUUCACCUGUGGGUCGGAUGAUUCUGUGUUUUGUGAAGAGAUGGGAGUGUCGACCGGUCGCCCUGCUAGUUCAACUCGUGGCAGUGCUUCUCGAAGGUUUACGGUGCCUGAAACCGCGGGUAGACCCAGUGAAGGCACCAGUAAAAGUCCAGCUGGAAAGAGGAACCGGAGUACCGAGUCUACAGCUCAUGCAAAGGCUAGACAAAUUAUCAACACCUGUCUUGAUGAGGGAGAUGAUAGGGUUGAUCUCUCAUAUCUGGACAUGGGCACAAUCCCACCCCAUAUCCUUCCUCCUUUAGCACAGUUAACCAAACAACCAACUGUGCUCGAACAUGGGGCUUCAGCUCAAAUAUUCAGUCCCCUGGAACCAUCCCUCCAGCUGUACUUGACCCGUAACUUACUCACCUAUGUUCCAAAGGAAGUGUUUGACUUGGUGAACAUCAGGUUUCUCAGCCUUCGGCAGAACAAGCUCACGGAAAUACCCGGCGCUAUUAGGAAGCUUACUCUGCUUCAAGAGUUGAACGUAGGUGGGAAUAAGCUACGGUAUCUGCCCUGGGAACUUCUGGGCUUAAUGCAGGAACACGGAGUGCUAAGGAACAUCACCUUGUAUCCAAAUCGGUUCCUUCGUCUGGAUCAAUCGGAGGUAGUCAAAUGGCAUAUCAACACCGAAGCAGGUGGAAUUAUUGCUUUUGACCCAAAUACUCGCGACCACGAGACCAGCAGUGCGCCUGCUAUACCAAGUGACGCCCUGGAGAAGUGGAAACCAAUUCGCGUUGCCACCAGUGCACCCGAAUACUUUGAUAUGGAAGGGCGUGCUGUGGACAGGCAACGGACCAUACCAACAAAUACCCCAUCCCUUCGUGAUCUGGCAUUGAAAGCAUGUUCUCGUUCUCCUUACUAUUCACGUUUUAUCAAAGACGAUGAAAUUAUGGCCCCUCCUGGAUCAUCGCUCUCGCCAUCACUGCCUUUAGUCAGCAACACUCGCUAUCAAGAUCCUAUCGUUCGGCUUCUCAGCUUUGCGAAUGAAGUCAGACAGACGGGAGAGAAAAUCUGUUCCGUGUGUGGAAAGUCAUACGUUAUGGAUAAAGUAAGGUGGAUUGAAUGGUGGGAUUGCAAACCAGCUGAGACCCGUGGACAGGAGCCUGGAAGGAAGCCAGGACAGAGCUUCUACCCUUUGCCGUUCAUGAGGAGAGGCUGUAGCUGGGCGUGUAUACCCGAUCUUUCUACCACUUAG